GGACUUGUUUUGAUUCGAAUUUGAAAAUUCCCUUUCGGCUCACUAGCAAAUCGCGUGUUUUCGGUGCAAAUUUGCAAAAAUUCGUGUGAUUUAGUGGUUUUUUUCAAUCGAAGAGAUAAGUGCUUCCCCAAGUAGCAGCCUACAAUUUGAGUCGAGCGUCUGAUUACGCGUUAAUCGCAGACCGGAACCAGUUCAGAAGCUGAAAACUUUCAUAUUUAUUGAUGUUACUAAACGUAGCAAGACGGAUCGAAAAAGUUUGCCAAUUUCAACACUUCCAACGACUAGUAUUACGGGACCAUCAAGCGACUGCGUUACGGUGCCAAACCGGAAGCGGAACCGUUCUGCCAUUUUCAAUAGUUUCCAAAGCAUUCAGCCAAGCCGCCGGUAUGGUCAAGCAAGGUCCUCGCCCCCUGGUCAUCUGUGGCCCUUCCGGAUCCGGAAAAAGCACUCUGCUGAAGAAGCUGUUCAAGGAAUUUCCGGAAACGUUCGGCUUCAGUGUGUCUCACACUACCCGGAAGCCGCGUCCCGGAGAAGAAAAUGGUAUUCACUAUCAUUUCGUUUCCGUUGAGGAAAUGCAGUCCGCCAUCGAGAAUGGAGAAUUCAUUGAGACGGCUGUUUUCAGCGGCAAUAUGUAUGGCACCAGCAAAAAAGCAGUCGAAAAUGUGCAACACCAGGGAAAGGUUUGCGUGUUGGAUAUCGAAAUCGAGGGUGUCAAACAGGUGCGCAAUUCGGAACGGCUAAAUCCUUUGCUGGUGUUCAUCAACCCACCGUCGAUUGAGGAAUUGGAACGCAGGCUGCGGGGACGUAAGACCGAAACCGAGGAAAGUCUCCAGAAGCGACUCAACACCGCUCGAGUUGAAAUUCAGUACGGGAACACAGCCGGCAACUUCGACGUGGUCAUCAACAACAACCACCUGAAGCAGGCCUACAGCGAUCUACGGGAUUUCAUCGUCCGGGAGCUCGAAACCCAGCAAAGUCAAGGUAUCAACGUGUGCUUAACCCGUGUGCCCCUGAAUGAAGACUAAAAACCUCGUUUUUGAGAGUUGAAUUACGGUCACUUGCGGCGGAUAUCUGCAUUUAGUAGGACUUGAAGCAAAAUCCCACCGCAGCAUACGGGUGACAUGCUGUUGCCGUUUUUCUACAGCCGUGAUCGCAUCAAACUCAUCCGGCAAUGAGUCGCGAUCAUUGGUUGACCUCCACAUUUUUCUACUAAAACUAAACAUCUUGUUCAGUUGUAUCUACCACUAAUUAGAUAUUACAUCUUACACUAAGAACAACACAAUUUACAAUAUGCUACCGAUAGGAAACAAUCCGCAAAACACAUUGAAACAAAACAGGAUACAGAAAAAGUUAGUUUGAGGAACCAUUUUUACAGCGUCGGUAUUUUUGAUAAGCAAACUCGCGAACAUUCCAGCUUCUUUCAAGAAAAGUUUAUUUUCCCAUCAACCCAUAACCGUAGGCAUAAGCACCAAAUGUUAAGUUUUUCUUCUAAAAUAAAGCGAAUUAUUCGACAAAAACCAAACUAACUUCCAUUUAAGUGAUUGCUAGGUCAAAAUUUAAAAACAUUUUUCAAAAUCAAUAAAUAAACAAUUGAGAAUUUUGGAUUGCGGUGCUCAAAAAUAAAAUUCGUUACCUCCAACUUGUUUGCUACAGCACAUAUGCUCACAUAAAUUCUAUAAACUAACAGAUCGAAUAAUUGUUUAGAAUAAACAUACCUACCUAGUUAACUGUUAAAGUGCAUUUAUCAAGUACAAAUUUAGAGAGCCAUCAAUGAACCAAAAAAAAAUAAUAAUAAAAAUCAUACUUCUUGAUAAUUUGUGCUUGAUAUGCUGAAGAAGAAUAAAACAUGAAUUGAUGUUAAGGUUUCUCAUAGCGCAAAAUCUUGCGACACUCGUAUGUUAAAAGCGCUAACUCGAAACGAUUGGAUGAAACCGAAGAAUUUAAGCAAAGAUAGAUGAACAUUCCUUUUUUGUUACUUUUAAUUACCAAAUUCGACUUGCGUUUAUAUUGCCAAGCUUUUUUCUCAUUUUUUAAUCUAAGUCACUAUUUCUGAUUAAAGCUGCAUUAAAACACAGAGAAAUCCCGAAUAAUGCAUUAAUAAUUGAGUAUCUUUUGAGAUGAUCAAUCCGAUUCUAGGUGUUUAGUCAAUCUAUCGUGUUAUUAUAUGGAUUUUCUAACGUCAUUGAACACUUAGGGCUCCAUUAAAACAAAAUAAUACACUCAAUUCCGCCAAAUAUUCUCACUAUCAUAAUUAUUUCCGAUGAUAUCAUGUUAUUGACUUCUAGUUACCAAAUAAUCAACUUAUCCAAUUAUUACGUGACUAACCUUUUUUCCUAAAGAGAGUUAAUUUUCCCGCUUCACAAACGCAUUCGAUUGCAGUAAGUGCAUUCCAUUUUUUCCUCUAAUCAUUCAAUCAAAUUGCAUGAUUUCCUUACCAGUUACUCUUCAAAGCUCGUUUGUUGAUGUUUUUUGUCAUUAACAAUCAUUAAAGCCAGCUAUUCAAAUUACCAUACAGCUGCUUCCUUAAACAAAACAAAAAAUAACUCUCUUUCGAAGCUACCGAUAAUGGCUGCCUAUCGUCACUAAUGAAUUGGUUUUUAAUUACAAUCAAACUCUUUUUGAUUGCCGCCUCAGGGGGGUAACAAAGUCAUUAAAGUGUGCUUUUUCUCUUUCCCUGUCUCGAUUCUCUUUUAUUUUCUUUAUCAUCGGUAACGAUGCUUUUCAUCUUGUCUAUCUUCAACGGUCUGGUAAUGGGUUUGACCGCUUUUUUUCCGUGGCGGGUUAUCGUUAUACAGGAAGCAACUUUUUCAUAGCAUCACUUGUGACAGGAUACAAAAAUUACGAAGUCUAGAGUGGAAGCCCGCGAAAGUUCAACAAAACAUGGCGACCGGCGUGGGUUGGCCACGCUGCAGGAUAAUUAACCCUCCUUCCUGUUCCGUUCGAGUGAAUGCUUUUGAGUUUUGUUAGGUUACAAAAUUGAGAGCUAGGAGAAUAAGAGAAACACGUUUUUCCUUCUUUUUAUGAUACAUAAACCAAACCAGUAAUUUAUGUUAAACCCAAUCGGCGGCGUUUGGUUCAGUUGAAAUCGAUUGAAAACAAGAGUGAAUCUUCUAAUUGUAUUGAACAGCAAGAUGUAAGCAAACUAGAUAAUGAUAGGCUACAAUCCAGCUCAAUGUUAGAAGAGAAAAAAACUUCAGUGGCUAUUAUAAUUGGUAGAUUAAUAGGAAUCGACGUUAAAGGUGCUGUACAAUCAUGUUUUCUCUUUCUCAACCAAACCCAAUAACAAAUACCUAAAUAUAUAAAUUACGGUUUUACUUUUUUCCACUUAUGGCGCAUUUUAGUAUUACAAGUCACUGUAUACCGAGAAAACUCUGCAUUACAAAGAAGAAAAACACCGGCCACCAAAAAGGGGUCGAUAGAAUAGCUUGAGUGAAAUUUGUGCGCAGUUAAAAACCCAAAUCGAAUGUAUGUUUGUUUUCCUUGAGUGAUACGUUUUGUUUCCAAACCUGAAAUGCACUGCUAUAGUUGAAAACAAUUUGUAAUUCCUAUUUUUCAUACAAAAUAAAUUCGUAAACUAUAUUUAUAACUCGAAAAGUUAGAUGAAUGUGACAAAAUAAAAUCGUGCUUGUAGAGCAGAGAGAAUUGUUUCAAAAA